GGCAAUGAAACUCUUCCUAUUCACCCUUCUUCCUCUUCUAACUCUUUGUUCUCAAUGUCAAGAGUCCUCAGAUCUGGCUAACAUUCAAAUAACGAAAUAAACUGACUUACUCUUUGGACUCGAUGAACACAAUCCUAGGCUACAUUCAACACCCAAGCCAAGACUUCCUAUACAUCGUGACUCAAUUUUUAGAAGGUGGAAAUAAUUAUACAGGAAUUGUCAAGACCAACUUUGAUCUCGAACCACUAAAAAUGAGACAGUUUCAGUUGGACCCAACAAAUUUUGACCAAUCAAUCAGCCCGAAUGGGGAGUAUAUCUAUGUGGCAAUCAAUGAAAAUCCUGGAUAUCUUUUGGAAGUCAAUUCUACAAAUUUAACCCUGGUGAAGUACUUCAAGACAGAUGCUAUAAAUCUGUCUAUGUUAGGAACUCCCUCGCCUAUUACUAAUCCUGUAUUCAAGCAGCAAUGUAAUCCUCCAACAGGGCCAAGCUCAGUAGCAGGAUGAACUAAUAUGUUCUUUCAAGGUAAAAACACAUCUUCUAAUGCAAGAGGGGCAUGUAGAUGGCAACGACUCAGCAGCCAGGCAAGUUGAUUUCAUUACGGUGACUCUGGAUUUCUUGAUUUUAUACCUAUUGAUGCUAAUAAUGUGUUUAUCAACUUGAAAAGAUCUGGACUAGAUCAUUUGUACUUCGUCAGAGCUGAUUAUUCAAAUUCUGCUGUCUUAAGUUGGAGCAAAUAUGUCCACUGAAGCCCGGCUUGCACUCUAGAAAUUGGUAUUUCUUCAGUGAGCGAAGAUAGUCUGUACAUCUAUGCACUUGUACCAAUUAGUUCUCAUAGCCUGUUCUAUAUCUUAGAUAUUAGCACAGGCAACCCAUUUGUCUCAGGGCUUGUAAUGGCAAAUGCUAAUGCUAAUCUUUUUAGUAUUGAAGAAAUAUCUGGGUAUGUAAUCAUAUGAGGACAGGAUUCUUCUUCGGGCAAACAUUUUCUUACAGUCAUCCUUAAGCCUUCUUUUAUUGUGAGCAAAGAGUAUAUCACAAGCUCAUUUAAGAUCAAAUAAACUGCAAGCUAUCACGAUGAAUGGAUAUAAACUAUUUUCAAUGCUAGGGCCUACUUCGAGUGUUCUGACAUUGGCAAGGACUCCUUUUGAAGAUUUGGGAACAUUUUCAUUAUUGUCAGAACGGGCAACAUCGUUUACUAGUAUUACUACAACUUUCCAUAUCCAGAACCUUCCUUCUGCUCUUCCAGCUCUAACAAGUGAAACUUCAUCCAUAACCGAAAUUGUUUCUCCAGGAAUAUCUAACUCUGAUAAAACGAUAGCCACUGAUAGUCAAGAGUACACUGCUAUUUUCUACUCGGUCAAUGAGUAUCGCUCAGAUACAAAUGGUACAAACUAUUUGGAAUACUCUUCAGAUCAAUAUGUUGAAAUCCCGCUUCAUUUGUACUGUACGCAUCCGGAUGACCCUUUGGCAGUUGCCACUUCGAUCCAGAACUUGAAUAACCAGGGUAUCCCAGCUUGGACAGUGUUCAGUAUUGAUGAACAAGUGCUAUAUCUCAAUAAAACUCCUACUAUUAAGGAGAAGAUAGACUUGCAGUUCAAGCUAACAAUGCAACAUGAUUCUCAAGCUGACAUUAGUUAUAUCUCAAUCAUUGUUCAUCCAUGAACUUUAAAUAAAUGAGAAGCUUGAGAAGGAUACAAUCCUCAAAAAUGCUUAAAAUGUGAGUUCGGAUAUGAACCAUCUAAUGAAGGAACAGAAUGUAUUGCACCAGAAAGCAUUGCCUUCAACUGGGUGCUGCUUAUCAUAAUAAUUAACCUCUCUCUUACCUCAUUGGUAUCUCUUCUGUCAAUGAGCUCUCCUGUUGGCUUAUUCAGUUUGAUUAAUUUAUUCCAGCUAUAUAUCUUACUGCCUAAACUGCCGCCAUAUUUCCCACCAAGAGUUGGCAACUUUAUUCUUGGCUUGGAUUUCUCAAUUUUUGCCUUUGAUUUGUUCUCAUGGAGAGAUAUGCCAUUGUUGGAGCAGGUUUAUGAUGAGGUAUCGUUCAACCAGAACAGCCAUUAUUUAGAGAUAAUCGGACUAGAAUCUGGGAGUGCAUUCAUCAAUCAUUUGCCUACAUCUCUCUUUAUAAUUGCAGUUGGGGCUCUUCAUCUAGCGGUUUCAAUAAUAUACUUGAUUUUAAAGAAGAGUUGUAAAUUUUCACUCUGUGAGCUCUUUAUAGAAAAAGUUUUCAGAUGAAUGACAUUGAAUCUGUAUAUCAGAAUAAUUAUCGAAGGGUCUCUCCUGCUAUUUCUAGCCAUCAUGAGUGAAUUUGAGCAGUUCCAAGAAUCAAAUUUCAUUUCAAUUUUCCUGACAAUCUGGAUGACCAUUGGGAUAGGGGUAUUUCUCCUAUUCAUGAUUGUUUGGCACAGAUUUGGAUGGUAACGCAUAUCUUGUA